GGGUGUCUGUGGAUGUUUGAGUGUGCUAGGCCGUGUUGUUCGCGGUGGGGGUUUGUGCGCGUCGUAUUUUGAUUAGUUGGACACAGUGACCAUUUCUACCUGACAUUCUUCAGAUCAUUGGUAUUCUUGGUUGAUUGAUUCUUUGGGUUUCGUUCGGCUGAAGCAAGAUGAAUACUUACAAAGUGGUACAAGACUCGAAGCGCGAGGAGUUUCGCAAGUACCUGGAGAAGAAUGGCGUGAUGGACGUGCUGACGCGGUGCCUGGUCAGCCUGUACGAGGAGCCCGAGAAGCCGGCCGACGCGCUGCAGUACGUGCGCAACACGCUAGGCGCCGCCAGUCCCGACAAGGUGGAGCUGGAGAGCCUGCGGCUCGUCGUCGCCGAGAUGAAGGAGAAGAUGACGGUGAUGGAGGAUGAGAACAAGGAGCUGCGCGAGCGGCUGCAGGGCCUGAGCGUGGACGGCGAGCCGGCCGAGGGGGGCGAGGAGGGCGGCGCCGAGCAGCCACCGGCCGCAGACGCCGCUGACGCCAACGCCAACGCUAACGACAAGGAGAAAAAGUAAGCCGUCGACCGCGCCACCAGUACCAAAGGCUGCCUUCAGGAGGGCGCCGGCCCCAUUCCACGCCGCGCCCGCCGCUGUUACGUGAUUGGUCCGUUGUGCGCCUUGCGCGCCAGCGGCCGGCCGGCUGACACGGAGCUGGGGGGCUGUGAUUGGCCGGCGGCCGAGGUGCGGACGGCGCCCGGUCGCCAGCGCCGGGCCGUCCGGAGCCGGCCAGCCCGCUGCCGCGCCGCUCCGCAGGGAGCGCCCACUGGCCGCCUGAAGCCUGGGCGGGGCGUGAUCGCGCCAGCUGUUUGUCGGAGGUGCCGGCGGCUGGCCCGGCCUGCUGCGACUCUCGCUCGCUCGGCAGGGACGUCGACGGUCUUGGCGUUGUACAAAUGGACCGUGUUGAGUGUUUGUAUUUUCUUAAUGAACCAUCUCGCCACACAUAAACGCACGCACGUAAGCGCGCACACGGUUGACUUUGAAAAGCAACGACCCCCAAACCCGACAUUCACGUGGCGGCGCACACAAGCUGCUACGAUGCAAACGGACAAAGCUGCGCCGUGGCUAAAUAUGCAUUAUAGCGAUGCCCCUUCAACGGUCGAAAUCGCACCAAAUCAACGGUCGAAUACAUAAUGUUGUUGAA